CCCACGCUCCUCUUUAGGCCCCACCCCCUCGUUCCUAUUGGUUAAACGGGAGACGUUCUGCUUUUAACAGGAGGUUGGUCACGAGUAAAGCCGAAACCAUUUGUUGUUUUGUGAAUGAUCCUGAAAGAUUUACUGGAUCAGUCCAUCGUGUCACCUUUUCCAGGGAUGGACGAGCUUGGACGUGGGACGUGUCCUCUGGUGGUGUUCGCCGUCUGUUUUGCGUCUGUCCUCGGCCGUCCGUCCUCCCUUCUUCUCCCUCAUCUCCCUUUUUUUUCCGUAUGGAACGCUCCGACGGAGCGAUGCACGUCUCGAUUUGGGGUCGAGCUGGAUUUGAGCGUCUUUGACAUCGUGCACAACCGCGACCAGGCCUUCAUGGGAGACAACAUCACUAUCUUCUACUCUGACAAGUUGGGAGAGUAUCCUUAUUACGGCAUCGGCGGCGAACCAGUAUAUGGAGGCGUUCCUCAAAACGCCAGCCUGGACCGGCACCUCUGGAAAGCCGACGGCGAUUUGAGGACCGACAUCCCGGAUUUGGGAUUUCAAGGGCUUGCUGUCAUCGACUGGGAAAAGUGGAGGCCCCUGUGGGAACGCAACUGGGACGCUAAGGAAAUCUACUGGAAUGGCUCCAGGAUUUUAGUGAAAGCCAAGCAUCCUGCUUGGAAGCCGGAUCAGAUAGAAGAGGAGGCGGUGAGGGAAUUCGAGGAGGCUUCACGGGCCUUCAUGGAGGAGACGCUAAAACUGGGCCGUAGAGAGCGUCCUGGAGGGCUAUGGGGGUUUUAUGGGUUCCCCUGCUGCUAUAAUUAUCAGUACAAGAAGAACGAGACGUACACGGGUGAGUGUCCUGCUCUGGAGAUGAAGAGGAACGAUAAACUGCUCUGGCUGUGGAACGUCAGCUCGGCCCUGUACCCUGAUAUCUAUCUGGAUCUCGGGCUCCGGGGCCGCGGACGGGAUAUCUUACUGUACAGCCGCCAUCGGAUCCUGGAGGCCAUGAGGGUGAGCGAACAGACCACCCAUCGGCCUCCAUCUGUCUUCCCCUACGCCAGGAUCGCCUACACCUACUCCAUGGAGUUUCUCUCACAGGAGGACUUGGUGCACACUAUAGGUGAGAGCGUCUCUCUAGGAUCUGCUGGAGUUGUGCUGUGGGGAGAUGGAAACUACUCUCAAACGAAGAAGGCCUGUGAGGCGGUCCGGGACUACCUGGACGACACACUUGGCAGGUACGUCGUGAACGUGACGGAGGCGGCGUUUCUCUGCAGCCAGGACGUGUGCUCGUCCAAGGGCCGGUGUAUCAGGAGAGACCCGAGCGGCACGACCUACCUGCAUCUGGACCCAGCCGAAUGGUCCAUCGUUCCCAGGACUAAGCUGCCCGGGCCCGUGAGCAGGGGCCCGUCUUAUGUGGCCCACAGGAGGUUCAGGACGGCUGAAGGAGAAACGAAGGGAUUCGCAGCCAGCUUUAGGUGCCAGUGCUUCCCAGGCUGGGAAGGAGAACAGUGUCAGAAACCAGUGCCUGUGGAAACCUUCACAUGACAGACAUGACUAGAAGCUUUAAAGCUCAGGGCGGGACACCUGAAGCUGAACAACACAUUUGACUUUGAACGUUGAUUGUGGCUUUAACAAAUGCAUUUGAAGUUGAAUUUGAGAUAAAGCAUAUAUUUUAAUAAAUGUGCGCCCUACUUGCUAGCCAGACUUUAUCAAAGCGAGAUGCAGUUUAAUUUUGAGUGUUUGUUUACAUCAAACAUACGCAGAUCCCUGAGAAUGCAAAUGAAUGUUGAUUUUAUGAAAUCUUAUUAAUGAAAACUAUUUAUAAACCGCAUCAAAUCGUUGAAAUCUUAUGGAAUAAACUUUCUGUUCGCA